AUUGUUUUCGAAAGUUGCCCAACUGCUUUUGCAAAUUUUGUUCUCAUAAUGUGUUGAACGACGUCAGCCCUCCAUUAGCUGACCAUCAGACUGCGGCGACCAAUUCGACACCUAAACAAAAUUCGUGAUUUCGAAUCCGGAUGAACCGGAAAUGGAUCUCGGUAAAAAGUUAUCGUUGCGGCAGAAAAUUUUCGGUAAAUUACAGAAAUGUGAAACAAUCAUAGACGAAGAGGAGUCAGUGCACGGUUCGAACCCAAGGAGUGAUGUAUCGAUACCGACGACUGUGGAAGAACCAGGUGACCCGUUUGCCGACUGUGGAUCGGAUUCCGACGGAUCCAGCAGCGUUGGAGAUCAUCUGGUAAGCUUGGAGGACAUCGAUUUGGAUUCGAACUUUUUCAGCCAGGGAUUCACUCCGCAUGUUGCGGUUGAAAACGAAGGCGACGUUAGUUCGUCGUUUUUGGCGCGAAAUUCCAAACCGGAAGUGGGCAUUGAUGAGCGGGAAUCCGAUAGCGAUUCGGAUGGAAACGAGGCAAUAAACGUUAUGUUGAGUCAACUAGUCGAUUACGGGCGAACUCAGGAAGAGGCCAGGAAAGUUUUUCAAAAUUAUGACUGUAAAUCUGAAAAUUUAGAUAGCAUUGAGUUUGACCGGAAGCAAUCUGAUGCCACGAAGGCUCUGUAUGAAGCAGAGGAUCCUACCGUGAUGACGAAAGCAGUAGAAGCUUCCGAUGAAGAAUGGCAACACGUUGAGGAUUUCAGCGAUGAUGAUGGACGGGACAUCGAGGUGAUCGUUGGUCAGCAGACCACCACCAAAGCCGGAAAGGUUAUAGAUGUCGAUGCGCAGCUUCGUAGAUUGCUCCAAAGUGAGAACCGAGAGAAGCAGCUACAGAUGCACAAGACACAUUUGCUAUGCCUUCUGGGGAAUGGCUUUUAUUUGAAUGGAAGGAUAAAUAGUUUAGUUAGUUCUAAUUCUGAUGCACUUUUUCAGAUCUUGGAAUAUUUUGAUAUCGAAUUUCCGGAUGAAACCGAGAUCGAUUACCUGAUAACUAUCUGUGAUAUCUAUAGAUCUAUAGACAGUGUUUUAGAAACAUCACGGGGAAUAUUUAAAACCAGCGUUCAAUCGCAAUCAUCUGUUAUCCUACUUUUGAUAGCUAUUCUUAGAUUUCUCUCAAUAGAAGCUAGGCUGGUAAUGCACCUCAAUGUAAUGCCUAAAACACCAAUUCCAACCAAAGUAAAGAUUCGACCAGCAUCCUCCCAAGAAAAGCUGACUCAUAUACCCACUUCAAUCGAUUCCCUUCAUCCGGAACGAUACAAAAACGUCCCGCUGACGACAGCUGAAAUUCUGAAGCAAAAACCAGAGUUUGUCAAUUUCUCGCAAAUACCACAAAUAGAUGGCGCCGCUGAUGACUGUGGAAAACCAAGACGGUCUCGCUUAUAUGGACCCCUAAACGAUCCCAAAUCAAAUUUAUGGAAACCCAGAACCAAAUUCUCGCGGAAGACAGGGGAAAUCGGGAAGCAGAAAUCAGAGUUCACCAAUUUCUCGCAAAUUCCACAAAUAGAUGGCGCCACUGACGAAUUUGAAAAACAGAAACGGCCUCGCCUGGAUGGACCCCUAACGGAUCCUAAACCAAAUCUGUGGAAACUUAAGCUUAAACAACCCGUAGACAUGCGUUCCAAGUUGAACAUUCAGUGUGGAAAACGUAAAAUCAAAUCCUCUCAAACCACGUCGAAAUUUUUCAAUCAACCGACAUCGAAAAGGCUUCGACAGAAGGUGACCAAAGAGAUACCACCCGCAUCCAGUGAAAGAUUGACCCAUUGGAUCGAGGUGUUCCUCCCGGCACAGAAACGCUGGAUACCGGUGGACAUCCUGUCCGGCCAGGUGGACUGCCUGGAUGCCAUUGUCCAGAACCUUCCCCAACCAAUUGCGUACGUGUUCGCAUGGAGUAACGACGGUAGCCUGCAGGAUGUGACCGGACGGUAUUGGUGGCCGAACGAGAUGGCAUCCAGGAGGUUACGGGUGGCGGACAAGUGGCUACACGAGGUGAUGCGACAAUUCGGGAGACGUCGGAAGUCGAUGCAGGAUCUUCUCGACGAGCAGGAAAUACGACGGUUGCGAUUCCGGGCUCCUGUUCCGGAUAAGGUUUCCGAUUUCAAAAACCAUCCCUCGUACUGUCUGAAGCGAGACCUGCUUAAGUUUCAGGCCAUUUACCCGUCGGACGCCCCUCCGUUGGGAUACUUCCGCGAUGAGCCGAUUUACGCGCGCGAAUGUGUCCACACAUUGCACUCGCGCGAGGUUUGGCUCCGACACGCCAAGGUCAUACGUCUACGCGAGACGCCCUACAAGGUGGUGUGGUCCAAGCUGAAACGUGAAAAGACCGAACUGGAACUGUUCGGCUAUUGGCAAACGGAGGAGUACGUUCCGCCGGAAGCGGUUGGUGGGCGCGUUCCUCGGAAUGCCUACGGAAAUAUCGAGAUUUUUAAGGAGUGCAUGCUGCCGAAGGGGACGGUGCACCUGAAGCAGACCAACAUUUCCAAAACGUGCCGCAGGUUGAACGUGGACUACGCCAUAGCGGUGGUCGGAUUCGGAAUUCACGCCGGAGGUAACCACCCGGUGUUCGAAGGCAUUGUAAUUUGCAAGGAAUUCGAACAGCAGGUGCUAGCACAAUACGAGCAAGAUCAACUGAAGCAGGUCCGACGACAGCACGAGAAACGGGAGAAGAAAAUCUACGAUAAUUGGAGGAAGCUGAUCAGAGGGUUGCUUGUUCGGAAUAAACUACAGAAUAAAUACAAUUUCAAAAAUUUGUGAUGCAUAAAAGUUUGUGUACUAAAAAAUAUGAACAUACAAUUAAAUUGUUGAUUGUUUAAAGUUGA